GAAGGCCAAGGAUCAAAGAACACUGCAGCUGGAUGAUCUGGCGAGCAAAUCCUCUUCAGAACAGCACGGGGAUACACUGCUGGUGGGCAAAUCAUUUUGUUCCAUACCAUUGUCUGGGUUGACCGGCAGGAGAUACCGGAGCAGCGAUGGACCCGGAUGAGCUGAAGGUUCAGCGCCUCAACGUUCUGCUGCUGGGGGGGCCGCAGUCCGGCAAAAGUUCCACGGGGAACGCUCUCCUGGGAAGCGUGGACUUCCCGAGCCGGCUGUGUCCGGGCGCGGUGACCCGGGAAUGCCGGCUCGGCCGCAGGGCGUUCCCGGCGUUCCUGCGGCGGCAGGGUUCGGAGGUCACCCUGCAGCUCCGGGUCCUGGACACCCCGGCCUACCCCAGCCCCGGCCUGAGCUCGGAGCAGGCGAGGGAGAGGAUUGUGGGAAACGUGGAGCGCGCGCUGGACCCGGGGCCGCACGCCGUGGCGCUGGUCCGGAGGGCCGACGUUCCGUUCGGUGAGGAGGACGCUCGGCUGGUUCAGCUGGCCCAGGACUUGCUGGGCCCAGCCUGGAGGAGCCACACCCUGCUCGUACUCAGCCAUUCGGACAGCUUGCACCGGGCGGGGAUGAGAGGGGAGGAGUAUCUCAAACAGGCCCCAGAGGCCCUCCAGGCCCUGCUGGAGUCUUUGGGACACAGGCACCACUUCCUGGACAACUCUGCAGCCUGGCUGCAGACCGAGGGGCGCCCCCUGCUGGACAAGCUGCUUGCAAUUGCUCGGCACAACAAAUACCAAGCACUUCAGCUUCGAUAGGUCGGACUGGAGCGUAUGUUAUAGGAGCGCUGGAGUGUAUCUUCGUAUGGGGGGAGG